AUGCAUCCUGGUAUUUCUCUCCCUCCUGUCAAUUCAACUCUUCCUUUUAUUUCCCUUCCUUCAACAUUUAAUUUUCCUCUUUCUCUUCCUAUUUUUACUCAUCUUACCAAUUCUCCUCUUACCAUUACAUUUGUUUCUCCUCCUCUUGUCAAUUCUUCUCUUCCUCUUUCUCCUCCUCCUAUUUUUCAUCCUCUUUUCAAUAUUCCCCUUUCACCUCAUUUUAUUUCUUCUUCCCCUGUCAAUGUUCCUCUUAUUCCCCUAUUUUUUCACCUCUCAUCCCAUGCUUUUAAACUCUUCAUUUCCUUAUAUCAAUUCUCCUCCGACUGCUGUCACUUUCCCUCUUCCUCUUUCAUUUACUCCUCCUUCUCUCGUCAAUUCUCUAAUUCCUCUUACUAUAAUUCAUAUUCUUCUACUUCCUGUUCUCUACACACGGUCAAUUCUCCUCUUUCUCCUUCUUUUAUUUCUCCUCCUCGUCUUUAUCCUCUUUUUUUUAUUUCUUCGCCCCUACUCCUUUUAAUUCAGUUCUUUCUUCUUGUUUUAAAUUCCCCCGUCUUUCAUUAUCUGUCUUCUUUCUUCUCCUCAUUUACCACUUCCGAUUUUCACGCAACUACUUUUUCCUCUUCUUCCUCCUCUUCCACUUCUUCAUUCGCUACUUCUUUUGAUUUUUAUUCUCCUCCACCACGUGCUCUUUUUCAUUCCUUUUUCCUUCCUUUCUCGAAUUCUUUUCGAAUUUGUUAUUUUCAUUGUUUUUCUUUUUCUUUUAAUUCCCUCUUUUUUCCUUCGUCUCUUUUCUUAGCUUUUUUCUUUUCCUUCCCUUUCUUUUUGUUCAUUUCUUCUUCUUUUUUUUCAUUAUUUUUCUUUCUUGCCUUUCUUUUUCUUCUUCUUCAUUCGCCAAUACUUUUGCUUUUUAUUCAUUUUUAUUAUUAUGCUAUUCCUUUCCUUACCCCCCCCCCACCACCACUUCCCUUCAUUUCUUGA